GCGAGUCUCGCAUGAAACCGACAAAGCAGACGCUAUGCGGCGGCUACGGACAGUGGAGGUUCUCCGCGAAACUGCAGCUGAUUGCAUUAAUCGGGGCUCUUUCCACGAUCGCGCUCCUGCUCAACACAUACCCGGACAUCUUCAAGGCGCAAUGGCCACAGCGUCUUGGAGAGAGUGUUGGAAAAGGUCGACCAAUUCAACGAAGCGGAAAGAUGGCGGCAGCCUCGGCUCAGGCGUCAGCUAAGACGGAGGAGUCAACAUCAACGUCACCAACAACGACGGAUGACCCCACAAUGGCAUAUGCCAGGUACAUCGUGAACACGAAGCAAUGCCAGAUUCCCAAUGUGGACCCUUAUGACGCUUCUGUGUCGGCAAUGAUAGAGAAGCUGCCGCCCAUUGACUGCUCGACCGAGUUCCCGAAGUUUACCUACUCAAAGGAGCGCCGGAUCUUCAUCGAUCAUCAGCUCCUGCCAAAGGUACUGCGUGGUGCUCCUGCAAUCCGAUUCUUCUGCUGCUACAGGCCGUUCUUCAGAAAUCAACACCCGCAGAGCGACACGGAUAAUGUGUUCCAGGUCGAAUGCAUACCUCUUGAGAACGGAUCCGACGUGCACUUCGAGUUCGUCAAAGUCGAAUGUUACAAUAAGGAUAUCCUGGUUUACACAAACUACCACGCAUUCGUUCACGGGAAGAGACUAUAUGAGCGCCGAUUUCAAGAAGCAUUUGACCCCAAGCAACCUCACUUCCAAUAUAGCGUGCUAAUAGUCGGCGUCGACGGUAUGUCACGACUCAAUGCCCAUCGACAAUUUCCCAAAACAAUUCAGUACCUCAAGGAAGAGAUGUCGGCCAUCGAAAUGUACGGCUACACGAAGGUUGGAGACAAUACGUUUCCAAACUUAGUGCCUCUUUUAACGGGGCUCAGGCAAGAAGAACUCAGCAACGGCAUCUGGAACGAAGGAGAGUUUUUGGACAAAUUGCCUUUUGUCUGGAAGCCGCUUGCCAAGAGCGGAUUUUGCACGCUUUACGCUGAAGACGCACCGGUUAUAUCGACGUUUAACUAUCUAAAACCAGGAUUCUUAGUCCAACCGACCGACUACUACUUUCACCCGUUCAUUGCAGAGUACGAGAAAUCUUUGGGCCGCGUACGACCAUUGAACUGUUACGAGUGCGUUGGACCCGAGUCUGAAACGGGAGUUGUGCUCGACUGGCUACGAUCUUUCGUCGAGCACUCGCUACAGAGGCCAUCUUUCGCGUUCUCGUGGAUAAACAGCCUCACUCACGAUGACGUGAACGGCGGAUCGAGGGUGGACCACCUGUACAAAUCGUUCUUCCAGUCUCUUGUGCGAGGGAUUUACAUCGACAACACGAUCGUAGUGUUCAUGAGUGAUCAUGGUCAAAGAUGGGGGCGCAUCAGAAACACGUACGUCGGAAUGCUCGAAGACAGACUACCCAUGCUUUUUAUUCGGCUUCCUCCUACGUUCAGACGCCAUCAUCCUAACAUCAUGCGCAACAUUCACAUAAACUCGAGACGCCUUAUCACCCCCUUCGAUCUGCACGCGACGCUCAGAAACCUAGUCAAGUUCAAAGGCACGUCAAGACAGUUAGAUGUAGAUGACCUACCAGACAAUCUCCAAGACGUGGCACGAGAGCGCGCUGUUAGUCUUUUUGGCGAGGUAUCCGUAAACCGUACUUGCAGGGACGCCGGAAUCGACGAGCAGUGGUGCGUUUGCAGACCUAGCAUCGCUGAAGAGCCCGAAAACAGAACAGUGAAGAUUGCAGCACUGAGUCUCCUGAAGCACAUCAAUGGCCAGUUGGUUUCCCACAGGAAUAUUUGUGCCGAACACAGCAUCAGAUCGAUAAGGAGUGCGAGGGUCUACACGGCUGACCCUCAAAACCUCGGAGCUUUAGACUAUUCUGUGACCUUGGAAACCAAUCCCGGGAAUUCUGUGUUCGAAGCGACAGUGAGGGUGUACGAUGACGAAAGGGCGCCAAGGGUACUAGGCGACAUCUCUAGGCUGAACCUCUACAAGGGAAAAGCCGACUGUGUAGGAAGUGCCAGUUUGAAAAAGUUCUGCUUCUGCGUUUCUAACAUAAGUACAACUUUUUAACCGUCAGUGUGUGAAUAUGUAGAGUACUCUGAACAUGUUUUAGGCCUCUAAUAAUUUUGUCUUGUAAAAUAUUCAGCGCUAACAUUGCCAUAUUGAAGCCCAGGGUGGCGCAACGUGGCGGAUAUAGAACUUCCAGACCCUGGUAAGGUAAGAGCAACGCCAGCUAGUAGAAGGGAAGGCCCGCGCUUUCAUUUUGUAACGUCAUCACUAAUGAAUCUAUAUAGCGUCAGCUAUCUUGUGUCCAGGUCGCCACGAGCGCAGUUUGCAAUGUCUCACACGUGCUGCUACGUGGAGCUUCAGCGUGUCUCCAUCAUGUUGCAGGUCAGGGAUCCACUAAGAAUUACGUAAUGAGCAGGUCUCUUUUGGGAGGGGAUGGGGGGUUAUUGGACAAUUUUGUUUUUAUGUGCAGAAAGUGCACAAUGUGUCCGCUGCGGAGAGACGGAUGAAUGUCAUCAAGGCGAGGCUUGGUCAUAUUCAUCCAUCAAGCCAGCCUGAGACCGUACAUGUUGAGACACCAUGACGCUUCCUUUUAACCUCCUCUCCUUUCGCCACGAUGACCUUGGGCAAAAGUCACGGUCGUAACAGCCACAGAUCAAUAAACACAUUUUCAAUGAACAUUUAGCAGCAG